AUGCUGCUGCUCUGCCUGGCUGCCCUCUGCCUCAUUGGCAACUCUUUCUGUGCUGCUGUCCCCCCGCGCGACACUACAGGAUCUGGGUCCACCAGAAACAAGCUGCUGCUCAUCUCUUUUGAUGGUUUUCGCUGGGAUUACGACCGGGACGUGGACACCCCUAACCUGGAUAAGAUGGCUCAGGACGGGGUGAAGGCACAAUACGUCACCCCACCCUUUCUCACCAUCACCAGCCCCACACACUUUACGCUGCUCACAGGACGUUACAUCGAGAAUCACGGAGUAGUCCACAACAUGUGGUUCAACACUACCACUCAGGAGAAGAAGCAGUACUACAUGACUCAGUUUGUUGAUGCCUACUGGGACAAUGGCAGUUUACCCAUCUGGAUAACAGCACAGAGACAGGGUCUAAAAGCAGGUUCUCUGCAUUUCCCUGGCACAGCAGCCACCUACAAAGGAGAGACAGUGAGGGUUAGGGAAGUGGAACCUCGUUUCUAUGAUUAUUCUAACGAGACAGAUUGGAGGCUAAACAUCGAUAAGGUGAUUGGAGAGUGGUUCCACCAACAGAACCUGGACUUUGUCUCCUUGUACUUCGGAGAACCAGAUUUGGCUGGGCACAAAUAUGGACCAGAUUCGGCAGAACGCCGUGAGAUGGUACAGCAAGUGGACCGUACUGUGGGGUACAUCCGGGACAAGAUCCAAGAGCAUGGCCUUACUGACCGGCUCAACAUUAUCCUCACUGCCGACCACGGGAUGACUACAGUUCUACGAGAUGGACUAGUUGAGGAGAUCAUCCUCUCUAAGAUCCCUGGCUUCAGCUUUAAGGAUAUCCAGUUUCAUCUGGUGGACUAUGGUCCUGCUGGGAUGCUGCUUCCUAAAGAGGGGAUGCUGGAGAAGGUGUACCAGGCUCUGAAAGGAAGCCACCCUCAUCUGCAUGUGUAUAAAAAGAAGGAAAUGCCAUCUAGACUGCACUACAGUAACCAUCCUCGACUCCUGCCCAUCAUCCUCUUCGCUGAUCCUGGAUAUGUAAUCAAUGGGAUUUUCCCUGUGCAGUUCCACAAAGGAGAGCAUGGCUUUGACAAUCAAGUGAUGGACAUGAAGCCUUUCUUCAGAGUGGUGGGGCCUGAUUUCCAGAAAAACCUGGUGUGCGGGCCCUUUGACACGGUUAAUGUGUACCCACUGAUGUGCCAUCUACUAGGGAUAAACCCAGAGAUCAAUGAUGGACAUUUGGACAAUACCAAACACAUGCUGGUCCCCAAGAAAAACACAGAAGGUAAGAAUCCAAAAAUGAAUACCCAGUUUCAAGUGGUUGUCGGCUUAUCAGCAAUGACUGGGUUUCUGGUAUUGGUGUUCGUAGUUACCACUUCCUAUGCUUGGUGUAAAAAGAGCAGAGCAGAAAGGAGUUGGCUGCCUGGACCCGACUCCUGA